AUGAGCGGAGCCAAAGCCCGCAGCGAAGCUCCCGUAGCAGAAAACGUCUCCAGCGGCGGGCACAGCACGGCGGCUCCUCCGCGGGAGCGCAAGCCCGGUGGCGGGGUUCUGAAGAGGCUCAAGUCCCGGAGGAGCCAGGUGGACAGCAGGCCCGUCACGGAGGAAGACCUGCGGACACAGAGUGGACACAUCACGCCGGAGGAUGUGUUAGGACUGCGGGUGUCUACGCGAGGUUACCUGUGUAAACCCGAAGACAAUAUUUAUAACAUCGACUUUGUGCGCUUUAAGAUCAGAGACCUGGAGACCGCCACUGUCUUGUUUGAGAUCGCCAAACCCCCACCUGCAGAGGAUGAUGAGGAGAACAGAGAGGCAGACGCCAGCGCAGGUCGAUUUGUACGCUACCAGUUCACCCCAGCCUUCCUGCGACUGAGGACCGUGGGAGCUACAGUGGAAUUCACAGUUGGAAACCGGCCUCUAAACAACUUCCGCAUGAUCGAGAGGCACUACUUCCGUGAUCACCUGCUGAAGAGCUUUGACUUUGACUUUGGCUUCUGUAUCCCAAACAGCCGUAACACCUGUGAGCACAUCUACGAGUUCCCUCAGCUGUCUGAGAGCCUGGUCCGUCAGAUGGUGGAGCGUCCUUAUGAGACCCAGUCAGACAGCUUCUACUUCGUCGAGAACCGACUGGUCAUGCACAACAAGGCAGACUAUGCUUACAACGGAGGACAGUGAUAUUUGCCUGCUAGCAUGCAAACACACGCACAGACCUGUGCAUGCACCGACAUCGUACUCACAUUUAUAGAUAUACAUAUACACAAAUGCAUGCACACGGCUGAACAUUCAUACACUUCAUUCAUUCAGACAUGCACAAGCAGCUACAGGCAAGGUUGAGUUACUUCUUAUGUUUGUAAAGAUAAAUCGCCACUUGUCAUUUUCAGGGGAUGCAUUUGAUAUUGCACGAGGUCAAUAUCAGUCUGCACUCUGACACACAAACAGGAAGCCGCUGUUAGAAAGAGGUACAAAACGGGUUAACGUGUCUGUUUUUAAUUAUGGAAUGAUCGCUUUAAAACCGAAGAGGGCUCAUCAUUCUAGUGGCCAUGUGACGUUUGUCUCUAACAGACCCAGUGGUUACUAGAUGGAUGGUUAGUCUCCUCUUAGCAAUUGUAAAAGUGUCCUACCACCCACUCAAAACACACACACACACACGCACACACACACAGAUUUGCGCGCACACACUCAAAACCCCAAGUGACACACAUAGUGUUUACGCAGUGUUUGUCAGAAGCAGCUGUUCUCAGAGCUACCGCCUCCACAAUCCACUCCAGACAAUAUCGGGGGAGAAGGAGAGAAGCCAUCCACAGAAACACUCCUGUCAAACACACAUGGUCACUCCUGUGAUCCUCUUCCCACCUCCCUCGCCUCUUUCACUUUCAUAUGCACACAUAAAGACAUCAACAAUAGUACUGUAUAAGACUUCGACUUAAGGUCUCUGAGAUAUUACUCUUUUAUUUUUGUUUUACAGUUUUGACUGGUUGAUAGCAACAUGGAAAUAGAUCAGGUAACAGUUAACUACAAUGUCAUUGUAACCUUUGGCUGCGACAAAAUAAACUAAUUAAUGAACAACAGCAACAAAAAAAAAAAAGAAAGUUUCAAGUAGAAAUUGCUCAUCAGUUCAGAGGGGGAUGGGUAAUAUUUGAUAUCAUGAUGCAUGUGAUGAUAUAAACAAAAAAGGGAGAGAUUUCUAUAAAUUAUUUGAUAUUCAGUGUAGAAAAAUUUAAAAACAGGUGUACUUUGCCGAAGGAAGAGGUUGGGCUUCCUUAUUUUCAAAGUCACAUCAAAUAUUCUUAUGCCCCAUCUUAGUUUAAUUACCUAGAAUGUUAAAUCAUUCCCUUAUCAUGCACAUCUUAACACAUCAAAAUCAACUUAGAAUAUGUUGGGAAAAUGAGUGGUAUUUCUUCUAAUUAGAUAGUAUACCUCCUCUUUGUACUUUGUAAACUUUGGUGUUCAGGGUUAAAGGUGGUGUUUGUAAAAAU